UCAAAGCAAAAUGGCGUCUAAAACAGGAAUUCUUCUGAUAAUCUAGCCGAUGUUUUAACAUUUUCUCGUUAUAGCAUAUGCAAGAGGAAUACAUUAGAAGUGUUCGCAAUCUUCAAAUAUUAAUGGUGUAUAAAUUUACAAAUUGGAAGAUGGAAAGUUAGUAUGCCAGAGAAAAUGACCGGCUCAGCAGGAACGAUUGAUAUUGACGCUGUCAUUGAGCACCUUCUUUCUGUCAGAAAUUCACCCAAUAAGCAAGUUCAGCUUCCAGAGAGCAAAAUACGACAGCUAUGCGUUUUGUCAAGAGAAAUAUUCCUGGAGCAACCAAUGCUUUUAGAAUUAGAGGCGCCAGUUAAUAUAUGUGGUGAUAUUCAUGGUCAAUAUGAGGAUUUGUUAAGGCAUUUUGACGCUUGUGGAUACCCACCAGACUCAAAUUACUUAUUUUUGGGAGAUUAUGUUGACCGAGGCAAACAUUCCUUAGAAACAAUAUGCUUGAUUUUAGCUUACAAAAUAAAAUAUCCUAACAAUUUCUUUUUAUUGAGAGGUAAUCAUGAAUGUGCCUCUAUUAACCGAAUCUAUGGGUUUUAUGAUGAGUGCAAGCGAAGAUACAAUAUAAAACUGUGGAAAACAUUCACCGAUUGUUUUAAUGCUUUACCUAUAGCAGCUUUAGUUGAAGGAACAAUCCUUGGUAUGCAUGGCGGGCUGUCUCCUGAUUUAAAUGAUUUACAGCAGAUUCAAGAAAUUGCCCGGCCCUUGGAUAUUCCAGACCAGGGGUUGACAUGUGAUCUACUUUGGUCUGACCCAGAUGAAGAUAUCACUGGAUGGGGAGAAAAUGACAGAGGCGUAUCUUUCACCUUUGGACGGGACAUUGUCAAAGACUGCUUAAAGAAAUUUAGCUGCAGUUUGAUUGUUCGUGCACACCAAGUCGUUGAAGAUGGAUACCAGUUUUUCCAGAAGAGGAAACUGGUAACGCUAUUCAGUGCGCCUAAUUAUUGUGGAGAGUUUGAUAACGCUGCAGCAGUUAUGAUGGUAGCUCAGGAUUUGACCUGCUCAUUUAAGAUACUACCCCCAGAUAAAAUGAAAUCCAUUGCAGUUGAAGGAAAAUCUAAGAAAUAAUAACCCCUUCGGUCAGAGAAAUGAGACAUUUUGUCAGUAGAAAUUGUGUAUAAUAAGAUCCUUUUCUAAAAAAAUAUUUCGAAGUCAAAUGAAAUACAACCUAUAGCUUUCCUAAAGAAUAGAAGUUAUGAUAAAACUGUACAGCAUUUGUGUGAAAAAGGACACCUAAUUUUUUUGAUUUUUUAUUUAUUGUACAUCACUAUCAGUUAUCUAGAUCUUAUUAACUUGCAUAAUGGCAGAUCAUGGGCUCUGGCCCAUUGUUAAACCAUUAAAAACCAAAAAUACUCCACAAAAAUGAACCCCCCUGCUCUUUCUAGAUAAGCAUUAGAUGCCAAGAUACCAUCCGGUUAAAUAAGAAUACUUUUAAAGGAUAAGAUCAGAAUAGCUGUGAAUGAGUCAAUUUUAUUGUAAAGCUUUGUAGAUGCAAACGUAAAGUUAUGUUAAGGUAAAAUGCCUAGCAUUAACAAAUAGUCUUGAAAAAAAAAAUAUUUUUCUUGUCUCUCCUAAAGUUUCAAGUCUAUUUUAUGUUCAUAAUCACAUCCCUUGGUAUAGAGAUAUUUCUGUGGAGUAGAAUUUCCAUAUUCAAAUAAAUUUUUAAUUGUUGCAUUUUAAUGUUAAUAAUAUAUUAUAGCCUAUACAGUAUUGUUCAUUUUAGGGUUUUACCUACUACUAUUUAUUAUAGGCAAAUUAUGAUAGCCAAGCUCAAAAAUUCUCCAACUUCGUACCUUAUUUAUUAUUUUUUUUAACGGUCAUUUCAUUUUAUGUAAGUAUUUUUUUAUGGUUAAAUCCAUGAAAAAAUGUAACAUCCACCAUCUGCCAAAUCCAAAUAAACAUUACAAAAUAUUUAUUUUGAUACCCUUUGUAACAUAAUUAAGAGUAAGACCAAUAUUCUUCAUGUUUAUGUGAUAAAAUUUGUGUAAGAACAUAAGAAUUAAGUAAAGUUUGUUAUUUUUGUUAAUUUAACUUUGCCAGAUUGUCGUAAAUUGUUUAAUUGUUAAAAUUAAAUUUAGUUGUUGAAAUUAAAUUGUUUUUAAAAAAUACAAAA